AUGGCCAAUAAAUAAAACCAAUCUACUCAAAGGUAAAGUGAAAACUAAAAACAGAAUGGAUUCUUCUAAAAACGGCAAUUUUCAUAAUCAAAUCUUCAUCGAAGAAAUCCAUCAGACUAGUAUCAAGACUAAAAGGGAAGUGCAUUCAAGGGUGAUGAGAGAGCAACUGGCUUUUAGACGACAAGAGGAUUUUUAAGAAGUGGGGGAAAUACUGGGAACAAUAAUUUCUUCAAUAGUUAGUUUACCACUAUGAAUAACAUUAACGUAAACCUAAACUUCCAAGAUCAAAAUAUGAGAAGUCAGGGUCAGAUAUCAAAUCCAGAUAUAAUUAAGCUAAGAGAGUAAGUUUCAAAUAAUCUGAAGGACCUUGAACUCAAGAAAUUAGCUCUAUCUCAUUAGAAAAAAUUCUAAGAGGUUAUGAAUAUCAACUUUAGACAAUAUUUCUGCUAGAAAAAGGGCUUUCCUAAGGUAUUCGAAGAAAUUAACAGUGUGAAUGUUCUCUCAAGUGAGUUGACUAGGACUCUAAGUUGCUAUAAAUACGAGCUUUCUUAGAUACUAUAAGACAUAACUGUAUCAUUCAACUAGAUCUUUGAAAAUCUAUUGGAGCAAUGCUACCUAAACGAUAAAGACACUCAAACUAUAGUCGAGAAUAAGAUAAAGGAAAAUGCUUUGAAUGAAAGAGAAUUUGAAAAAUAAAAACUCCAAUUUUAAGAAAAGAUUUUCCACCUUAAGUUAAAGAUAAAGGCUAAAGAUCUUGAGAUCAAGUUUGUUAAGGAAACUUCUUAGAUGUAUGAAGAUGAAGUGGCUGCGCUGAGAGAUAUUAUCAAAUCAGAAGUUAUGAAUGCAGAAAUUUAACAGAUUAAAAAGCGAAGUGGUGGCAACAAGUAAGAGGAAGAGGAUAAAGAGGAAAGGAAUAAGGUCUUUAAAAGUAUUUCUGAUAAUCCUAUGUUUUCAAGUAACCUUACUGAUCUUUAGAACAUUAUGAAUGAAAUGGAAACAGAGCAAUUAAAUAAAGAAUCUAUACUCAAGGAUAUGGAGAAGUUUCAAAAAGCCAUCCUAAGAGCAAAUAAGAUCAAUGCCUCUACCUAAGUUGAUGAAGGAGAGCUCUUUUGGAAGCCUUAAAACUUCUUAGGUGGACCUAACAGUGGAGGUAUAGUUGGAGGUACCCAAACUAGAGCAGUAUCAGACGGGACUUUGACUUAGAUAAAAUUCAAAGAUUAAUAUCAAUUCUAAGUUCCUACUUAAAACAUUAAUCUAAAUUCUAACAUGGUCAAAUUGAAGAAAGAUGAUUAAGAGUUCUCUAAUAAAAUAGGUCUAGACUUGGGCAGGGAAAGUACUGUAAGUAAAGAUGGUGUAUUUGACAUAGCUAAGGUCAAGACUAUGGCUUAGGAUCUAGCUGAUAAUUGGAAUAUACCUACAUACAUUAUUGCCUUCAUCUCUAAUUCUUUGGAUCAAAAUUAAGCUGGCAGAGUAUUACCGUGGGUAUUCUUCAGGAAGUAGAUAUAUGAGAUCUACGAUGAAAGAAUUAAAUUUGCUUCUGAGAUACAAGGGUUUAUCAAUUCAAAUUACAUAGCUUUAGAAGAAUUUUUACUGCUUUACUUCCUUAAGAAAUACUAACUGAGAAGACUCGCUGAAAUAAAGGUUAUAGAAUUCAUAAGUAGUUUAAAAUACUAUAUGAAGAUCUGGCCCAGAGCUAAAGUAUUCGCUAAUUUGGCAGGAAUGCUGCAAUUGGGAGAUUCAAUGAGUACAGAUGCAAGUAAUCACUCAUCAGAUAUAUAUUUGCAAGAGUUCUUUUACUUCUGCUAUUCUUAAUAUAUGAGACUUAAGGAUUAACCAAAUAUGUCUGGUGCGUUAUCGUAGAAUGGUGCAUUAGUUGAUUAUAAUGAUGAGUCAACUUAUGUGAGUGCUGAGAGAGAGCCCCUCAUUACUAGACUUACUUUAUUCUGGAUGAACUAAAGUGAGAUAGCAAAAUGGAAUCAUAAACUGAAGAGAUAUGUGAAGAAAAUACCAGAUAAUAUGGGAAAUGAAAUAGAAUAGUUAGAUUUAGACGUAUUACUAAGUUUGUACAUAGAGGAAUUUAUAGCUAGAAAGAAAAAAAAUCAAAAGACUUUGACAAAGUUGUUUGUCAAGUAAUUCUAAGAGCAGGAUGGUAUAUUCUCAUUUGAUGAGAUAAAGUCAAUAUGCAGAGCAGUUCAACCUGAUGAGUCUAUAUCCCCUCUAAUUACUUAUCCAUAAGAAAUAUGCUUCUCAAGGACAUACUUAUUUGCAUUAACCAGUGGAACUAACUCUUUUGAGAUCACAUCUAAAGACUUCUUGGAGUCUGCUUAUAGAAACGGUAUAGACAAUCCUUACCCAAUCAUAUAAAAACGUAUUAAUCUCUACGGAAAUGACAUUGAUCUUGAAAUGCUUUUACAAGAACUGACUCAAUCAGAGGGAUCUCUGUCUUAGUUCUAAAACUAGCAUCUUCCAUCUACUUUUGGAAGUGGCACUGGCUCAAAUGGCAACAGAUCAUAGAUGAAUCGUAGAAACUACAAGGACCCAAGUGGACUAUCAUUUGGCAUGAAUGCUCCUGGCUCAUCAAGGACCAACGCUGAUCUCAGGUAGCUUUCGAAUAACAGAUCGACUACCGGCUUUAAGGGAGAAGCCAACAUCUUCAACUAAAAGAGUGCCUUCGAUUAGAAUAGAACCUCACCAUAAAAAGGUAAACAAGCCCUGGAGACUAAGCUAGUCAUUCCAUCAUUCAAUUCAUCUACUGCACUAUUUGCUCAGCACUUCUCAAUACUCAGAGAGCUUAAGAAAAAUAUUGAGGAACUCAAGAAAAAGAAGGAGUCUAACGAGAACAUUAAGGAGCAAAAUGUAGUCAUGGAUAAGAUCAUUAAUCAUCUGGAUAGUGCUUGUCAGUUCCUUAACUUUCCUGUUCAGAUGUGA